AUGAUGCACAAUCUUGAUAAUGAUGGGCCGUCACAAUAUGAAAAACCUAAAGAUGUGAACAAACAGAAGGCGGCAUCCUCUGCGGACAUGCACACGCUCGAGUCUCUGCUCGGCUGGGAAGCAAAUAACCCCGAGGACAAUAUUAGCUUAAAGAGGAUAAUAAAACUAGUCAAUGGUCAUCUACCAUUGGGUUGGAAAUAA